AUGUGUGCUCGAAACAAGGCAUUGGGCAAAUCUGUUCUGAUGCAUUUCAUCCAGUUCUGCAAUCGUUUUGAUGAAUCAGCUUGCAGGCUGAUGUGCGAAGUCUGUUUGGCGUCGGAAAGAAUCGGCAGUAUUACUUCGUGGAUAAAUGUCAUCAUGCAUAUCGUUAAAGUCAAGGGCACAGAAGAAGAGCUCAUCGAACAAGCUUUCAAACUCUUCGUGCCGUGGUGUACUGCACAAAAUUUUUCGACAAUUUUUACGACCUUUCCUUCUCAAACUGGAUUACCAUCAGAAGAUGUGGUUCCCUUGCGUCUGUAUGAUGAAUGUAAAAGCGGUAGUUGUCCUGUCAAAAUUUUAUGUGAUGACGAUACUUUCAACGAGGCACCUUCAUUAGCUUAUUCAGGUGCUCCAAAACGACCCGGUAAGCAGAUGUUUGUAAACUUCCCUGAUGAUCAACCUGAGCAAUUUCUGGACCCAUUGCAGCGUAAAAUAGCCGUUGUGAAAGGUGAAUGGAAACGUCCGGAAGGUACAUCACUAAUCGUUAUUGCUUCAUUAAUCGAUAAAAUGGCUAAUAUUGGUGGACUUUGUCGUACGAGUGAGAUAUUCGGUGCCGAGAAGUUGGUCGUUGAUAAUGCUGCUAUUAUCAAUAAUCAAAAUUUUAAGGCUUUGAGUUUAUCGUCGGAAAACUGGAUUACAGUUGAAGAGGUGUGUAAAACGGAACUUCUGAUUUAUUUGAAAUCAAUUCGCCAACUAGGUUAUACGAUUAUUGCUGCAGAACAGACGACGAAUAGCGUUCCGUUUGCCAGUUUUCGUUUCCCUCCCAAAUCGGCUAUUCUUCUUGGAGAUGAAAAAGAAGGAGUACCAGUUGAAUUGAUUCGCUAUGUUGAUACGACUGUUGAAAUAAAUCAAGUGGGUCACACAAGAAGCUUAAAUGUACAUGUGACAGGUGCAUUAUUUAUUCAGAAGUAUGCCGAGCAAAACAAUUAUACAUUAGCGAGAUAA